CAGGCUCGAGACACGGCUGCAGUCAGUUCUCUUCAUCACUCUCGCGGUUAACGGCCAUCUUCCUUGUUCAAGACGACUGCUUUACAGAUAUGGCUGACUACUCCAGCGUGGCACCACCGUCAUCUAACGCCGGUCCAGGGAUGAACGAUGCUUUUAAAGACGCCCUUCAGAGGGCCAGACAAAUAGCGGCAAAAAUAGGAGGCGAAACUACCCCUACACCUACAAAUGAGUUUGGAUAUGGGGGACAGAAGAGACCCCUUGAAGACGCUAGUGAGUACCAUGAUCAACCAGAAACAAAAAAAGUUCCGCCAAGCGACCCAUUUUCUGCAGCAAUGGGAGGAAUGGGUGGUCCAUCAAGGACUUUAUCAGAAGACUAUAAGGUUCCUGAUGGCAUGGUUGGCUUCAUCAUUGGAAGAGGAGGAGAACAGAUAUCAAGAAUUCAGCAGGACUCUGGGUGUAAAAUACAGAUUGCUCCAGGUGAGACUACAUACAGUGGUGGCAUGCCGGAGAGGUCAGUGAUGUUAACAGGCUCACCUGAUGCCAUCCAAGCUGCAAAGAGUUUACUGUCAGAGAUUGUAGACAAAGGCAGACCAUCCCCGGCAUUCCACCACAAUGAUGGAGCAGGGAUGUCCGUUCAGGAGAUCAUGAUCCCCUCUUCCAAAGCAGGCCUGGUCAUCGGAAAGGGAGGAGAAACAAUCAAACAGUUGCAGGAACGCGCUGGAGUCAAAAUGGUCAUGAUUCAAGAUGGGCCUCAAAACACAGGUGCUGAUAAACCACUCCGGAUCUCUGGAGAUCCUUUUAAAGUGCAGCAAGCUAAAGACAUGGUGAUGGACCUGAUCAGAGAUCAAGGUUUCCGGGAUCAGAGGGGGGAGUAUGGUUCAAGAGCUGGUGGAGGAGACAGUCUGGAUGUUCCUGUACCAAGGUUUGCAGUAGGAAUUGUGAUUGGCAGGAGUGGUGAAAUGAUCAAGAAGAUUCAAAACGACACCGGUGUAAGGAUUCAGUUCAAACCAGAUGACGGCACCACACCAGAGAGAAUUGCUCAGAUCAUGGGGCCUCAAGACAGGGCACAGCACGCAGCAGACAUCAUAACUGAUCUGCUGAGGAGUGUGCAGACUGGAGGGCCUCCAGGACAUGGAGGUGGAGGCGGAGGCAGAGGAAGAGGCCGUGGACAGGGAAAUUGGAACAUGGGUCCCCCUGGAGGCCUGCAGGAAUUCAACUUCACUGUCCCUACUGUGAAGACGGGUCUAAUUAUCGGCAAAGGGGGUGAAACCAUUAAAAGCAUUAGUCAGCAGUCAGGAGCCAGAAUAGAGCUCCAAAGAAACUCACCACCUAAUGCAGACCCAAACAUAAAGAUGUUCACAGUUCGUGGCUCACCUCAACAGAUUGACUACGCCAGGCAGCUGGUUGAGGAGAAAAUUGGGGGUCCCGUUAGCCCUAUGGGAGGCCCUCAUGGGCCACAUGGAGGUCCUUCUCAUGGCCCACCAGGUCCACCCGGACCUCCUGCACCCAUGGGCCCCUACAAUCCUGGUCCUUAUGGUCAGGGCCCUCCUGGACCACAUGGUCCUCCGGCACAAUACCAGCCUCAAGGCUGGGGCAAUGGAUACCCCCACUGGCAACAAGGACAGCCAGAUCCCAAUAAAGCAGCGGCUGACGCUAAUGCCGCUGCAUGGGCAGCCUAUUAUUCUCAGUACCAGCAGCAGCCUCAGGGCCCCAUGACACCCACCACAGGUGCCCCAGGCACAACCCAAACCAACGGACAAGGUGACCAGCAAGCUCCAGUUCAAAGUGGACAGGCAGAUUACACCAAGGCCUGGGAGGAAUAUUACAAAAAAACGGGUCAAGCACAGCCUCAGCAGGACUAUACCAAGGCAUGGGAAGAGUACUAUAAGAAACAAGGUCAAGCGGCUCCUCAGGUGGCUGCGACUGCAGCGGCGACCCAGCCGGGAGCUCAACCGGAUUACAGUGCAGCGUGGGCAGAGUACUACCGGCAGCAGGCAGCGUACUAUGGCCAGGGAGCCCCUGGAGCUGCACCCCAGGCUCAGCAGGUACACGACCCAUCCUUCUAUCUUUAGCCUCUGCUCUUUUUUUGAUAGAUGUGCAUGUACCCUCCGUUUUUUUUUUUUGUAACAUUUGCUUCCACAGGUUUAGCAGGUUUCCAGCAGAAUCAUCGCAGCAACACUUAACCAAACUCUUUCCUCCUCAAACAGCCUUUUAUCUAUUUUUUAUUUUUAUUUUGGGAGGGUGAUGCAUAAAUGUUUCUGCUCUUAACGUGUUAUGUAUUUCUUAUGUAUUUCUUCUGCACAGGGCCAGUAAUGUGAAGUGGACAUAAAGUAAAUGCUACAUUGUCAGAAAAAACCUUUGUUAAAUGUUUGGAUGCAGACGCCAUGAUGAAGAUCUUAAUUUCAUUGGUUUGAGUGUUUAAACUAGAUCGCAGACCGGCUCCACAGUCAAGUAUAUAUAUUUUUCCUUUUUGUUUUGCCACUUGUAAAUGAACGGUUUGUUUUUAGUCCGGUAAUAUUGGUCAUUCCAGAUCCUGUACCUCUUGUAUCAUUAUGUAGACUAAACUAUAGUCAUUUCCAUGUAAAUCAUCUCAGUUUUAAUAUGAUAUGCCUGUUGUGUUUUGCAAUAAAACAAAAUGAAACCUC